AUGGACGACCGCGAAGGAUGCAGUGUUGAGAUGAAUAGUAUGCGAGGUCCCGAGGCAGAUGUUUGGGCAGUUGUGUUGGAUGGCACGACGGAACAGAGGUUCAGCCGUUGCCUCCCGUACUCCCAUGCAAUCAGUUCCCCCUUCUUCCUUCACUGCCAACACCAUCAGCUCGCACUCGCGCUCUCCCAGUUCUUCUUCCCUCCUCCCCACCUCGAAUCCACAACACUGCAUUCAUCUGAUUGUCAUCUGCUGAACAAAUCGACCAACAUGCCGCCGCCGCCGCCGCUGGCCAGAGCCGCUCGGCGCGCGCCGCUCCUCCUCCUCCUCCUCCUCCUACAUUGCAGCAGCUUCUCCACCCUCCUCUCCACGGCCAGCGCCGCCCACCACGUGCGCGCGGCGGGCGACGGCGUCAUCAUCAGCCAGGCGGACUACCAGGGCCUGCUGGCCAUCAAGCACGACCUCUCCGACCCCUACGGCUUCCUCCGCUCCUGGAACGACACCGGCAUCGGCGCCUGCAGCGGCCACUGGGCCGGCAUCAAGUGCGUCAACGGCAGCGUCGUCGCCAUCACGCUCCCCUGGCGCGGCCUCGGGGGCCGCCUCUCCGACCGCGUCGGCCAGCUCGUCGCCCUCCGCCGCCUCUCCAUCCACGACAACGCCAUCGCCGGCGCCAUCCCGCCCGCCCUCGGCUUCCUCCCGGACCUCCGCGGCCUCUACCUCUUCAACAACCGCUUCUCCGGCGCCGUCCCGCCCGAGCUCGGCCGCUGCCGAGCGCUGCAGUCCUUCGACGCCAGCACCAACCGCCUCACCGGCGUGCUGCCAGCCUCGCUCGCCAACUCCACAAAGCUCAUCCGACUCAACCUCAGCCACAACUCCAUCACCAACAACAUCCCCGCCGAGAUCGUCAGCUCGCCGUCACUCCUCUUCCUCGACCUCUCCUACAACAAGCUCUCCGGCCCCAUCCCCGACGCCUUCGCCGGCACCUCCAAACCCCCCUCCUCCUCCUCGUCCUCUGACAAGCUAGAGGCCGUCACCGGAACCUACCAGCUCCUCUUCCUCAGCCUCGCCCACAACGCGCUCGACGGGCCGGUGCCGGCCUCCCUCGCGGGCCUCACCAAGCUGCAGGACCUCAACCUCGCGGGGAACGCCCUCAACGGCUCCAUCCCCGACGCCCUCGCCACCCUCACCGACCUCAAGGCGCUCGACCUCUCCGGCAACAAGCUCGCCGGCGAGAUCCCGCCCAGCCUCGCCAACCUCACCGCCACGCUCCAGACCUUCAACGUCUCCUACAACAACCUCUCCGGCGCGGUGCCGGCCUCGCUCGCCCAGAAGUUCGGCCCUCCCUCCUUCGCCGGGAACGUGCUGCUCUGCGGCUACUCCGCUUCCUCGCCACCCUGCCCGGCGUCGCCGUCCCCUACAUCACCCGAGCAGGAGCCCACUGGUCCCCGCGGUGGCCGCACCAAGAAGGAGCUGAUACUCAUCAUCGGAGGGAUCGUGGUCGGCGCUCUCAUCCUGCUGUCCCUCUGCUGCCUCCUGCUCUGCUGCUGCCUAAGGAAGAGGAAGCAGUCCAGCCCUCGAGCACGGAGCGGGAAGCAGUCGACGAGCAAGGACGCCGCCGCCGGUGCUGCUGCGGCGGCGGCCGGGCGGGGCGAGAAGCCGGGGUCCUCCGAGGCGGAGUCCGGCGGCGGCGACGUCGGCGGCAAGCUCGUGCACUUCGACGGGCCGCUCGCCUUCACGGCCGACGACCUGCUCUGCGCCACCGCGGAGAUCAUGGGGAAGAGCACCUACGGGACCGUCUACAAGGCCACGCUCGAGGACGGCAGCCUCGUGGCCGUCAAGCGGCUCAGGGAGAAGAUCACCAAGGGCCACAAGGACUUCGAGGCCGAGGCGGCGGCGCUCGGCAAGAUCCGACACCCCAACCUGCUGCCGCUCAGGGCCUACUACCUCGGCCCCAAGGGGGAGAAGCUGCUCGUCUUCGACUACAUGCCCAAUGGCAGCCUCUCCACCUUAUUGCACGCUCGCGCGCCCAACACGCCCGUGGAGUGGCCGGCACGGAUGACGGUCGCCAAGGGCACGGCGCGCGGCCUCGCCUACCUCCACGACGACGCCAGCAUCGUCCACGGCAACCUCACCGCCAGCAACGUCCUCCUCGACGACGGCUCCAGCCCCAAGAUCGCCGACAUCGGGCUGUCCCGCCUCAUGACGGCCGCCGCCAACUCCAACGUGCUCGCCGCCGCGGGCGCCCUGGGAUACCGCGCGCCGGAGCUGUCCAAGCUCAAGAAGGCCAGCGCCAAGACCGACGUGUACAGCCUCGGCGUCAUCAUCCUCGAGCUCCUCACCGGCAGGUCGCCCGCCGACACCACCAACGGCAUGGACUUGCCACAGUGGGUGGCUUCCAUUGUGAAGGAGGAGUGGACGAGCGAGGUGUUCGACGUCGAGCUGAUGCGGGAUGCCGCCACUGGCCCUGACGGGGACGAGCUCAUGGACACGCUCAAGCUCGCUCUGCAGUGCGUCGACCCGUCGCCGUCGGCCCGGCCCGAUGCACGGGAGGUGCUGCGGCAGCUUGAGCAGAUCCGGCCUGGACCGGAAGGACCCAGUGAGGAAGCUCACAUGGCUCUUGGUCCUGCAACCAGUGAGUAG